AUGAAAAAUUCCUCAAGCUAAUUUAACUAAACUGCAAGCAUCUAGGUAUAACGUUUAACAAGUGUAAUAUAAAGUAAAGUUGAUACAUCUAAAGUAGCAAAUCCCGUAUCUAAAAAAGACUGGAAAUCCGGAACUGAUGCUUUAAAGGAAAUAUUUUCAGCAAAAGAUGAUGAAAUAGAAUAUUGGAAGAGAAUUUGUGACUAAUAAGAUAUCUAAAUAUCUUAAUUAGAAAUAAUAUCUGAAUAAAAGAAUUCAUAUGAAUCUGAAUGUUAUUAAUUAAAGCAAGCUUUAGCUUAAAAAGAAUACGAUUUCGAUUCUUUAAAAAGAAACUAUAAUGAUUCAAAUCGUAUAAAAGAUUAAAAAGUAAGCGAACUUGAAGAUAAAUGUGCAAAUUUAGCUGUUGAAAAUGAAAGAAUUAGAUAAAUGAUAGAAGAAUGGAAAGGAAGAUUCCAAAAACAAGAAAGAAUAAUUGAAGAAUUGAGAAGAUAUUAAGAAAUGUGUAAAGAAUAUGAAAAUAAAAUUGGAUAAUUUACAUUAGAACUAGAAAGACUUAAUUAAGUGAUUAGAACUAUGCAUCAAGAAAAUGAUAAUAAUAGAAAUAGAAUAAGUGAAUUAGAAUUAUAAGUGUCUUAAAUAAGAAGUUACGAAGCAAGAAUUAAAGAAUAUGAAAAUAGAGUUGUUAUACUUACUUAAGAGAUUCAAAGAUUAAAUGAAGUUAUAAAUGUAAAAAAUAAUGAAAGUGCAGGGCUUAGAAUCAAAGAAUUUUAGAACUAACUUAAUAAUUGGAACUUUUAAGUAGAUAACUAUAAGACUCUUUAUCUGAAAAUUAAGACAUGA